UGUCACAGCCAAAGAUGUGAUCAUUUUGGAACAAUCUAACGUCACAGCCACAGAUGAGACUGGGGCUAUUCAGUCUUGGACUUUUGAAAGUGGUACUGAAAAUCCUUGGAUGACAUCUUGUAUGGUUGCACUGUUUAGCACUUUAAACGAAGCAAAACCUUACAUAGAAAAGAAAUUCCCAUGCAGUAUUCCAAAAGAUUUGGUGAUUACCCGCCAGAAUUAUUAUCCAUUGGCUGAUGCCUGUAUGGCUAAGUAUGACUAUGUUGAAGAGGAUGGUGUGUAUGCUGUACUGCUAAUUCCCCCUGAAGCUAACCACUAUUGUAAACCAGAUGUCCCUUACUUUAGGCAAGUGACCAAUGAGCAGCUUGUAAAGGAGGCAGAGAAGGAAGCAAAAGAUCAACAAAACUCAUCUGUUCCAAUCAUAUUUGUCUGUAUAGAAGGCACAUCUGGAAUUGAUCAAGAUGCAUAUUUGACAAUAAGAUGCAAAAUUGAGAAUGAAACAGAAUUGACCGAUGAGAUUGUGAUGAAACAUUGUAUGAUGAGACCUGGGUGGAAAUAUUCACAAGUGGACACUCCAAAGGAUUGUGCUUUGAAGAAUGUUGAAGGACAAGAUGACAUGGAGACUUUUUCAGCUGCAUAUUAUUAUGUAUUUAGUUGUAUUGCUUGUUUAGGUUUGCUAGGAAAUUGUCUUACUCUGUUUGCAAUGGCCAAAGCCAAGCCGCAUCCUUCUAGAUGUUACAUAGUAUGUUUGAUUAUUACCCAAAAUGUAUAUUUACUUCUUGCAUUUUGUUCCUCUGUAGUGGCUCUGGUGAGUUCUUUCAUGUACUUAUACACCUUCAUGUUAUAUUUUUGUCAGGUCAUAUCUGUUCUCC